UUUGUAUAUCUAAGUGGUGAGUGUUUCCAUGUCACUAUUAUAUGAAAAUGGACAACUUGAUUUUAGAAUGUGAUUUAUACAAAUUUUAAUUCUCAAUUUUGGAUUUUUUUCGUGUUGUAUAUUUGUAUACAUAAGAUAUGAGUGUCCCCAUGUUCUAUAUUUUGGAUGUUGGCCGUGUCCCAGUGCUUGCGUCAUUUUUGUGCCAGAGUCAGAGCUUCUUCAUGUUAUAACUGGUCUGUGCUGCUAGCACUCAAUUAUAAACUGUGAUGAUGAUAACCUGGAUCUUGGACCUAAGCCAUUGGGACUGAACAGGGGCAAGGGUUAAUUGCUGGAUCUAAGACCAAAAGGAAUUCAGCGGAUCUUGAGGUUUAUAACAAAAGGAAGCACAAUGAAAUCUUUCUGCUACAUGAUGUUGAACAAAUGAUACAGAACUUAUUCUGUGCACAGAAAAACUGGUAUAUAUGGCAGGACUUAUGCCUGGAGAGUUGCCAAAUCAUGGACCAUCUGAUGGCAACUCGGGUAAAAGUUCUAAAGACAAGCAGGAGGAAUCGUUAGGUCGCUGGUAUAUGUCUAGAAAAGAAAUAGAGGAACAUUCCCCAUCAAGAAAAGAUGGGAUUGACUUGAAGAAAGAGACAUAUCUGCGCAAGUCAUACUGCACAUUCUUGCAGGAUUUAGGCAUGAGACUUAAAGUGCCUCAGGUAACUAUAGCAACUGCCAUAAUAUUUUGUCAUCGAUUCUUUCUCCGACAAUCUCAUGCAAAGAACGACCGAAGGGUGGGUUGUUUCUCUUCCAAAUGGAUAUUAUGUAGUAGGAAUUUUUCUUCUCCAAAGUUUAAGUUGCAACUUAACUUAGUUUGCUAUGUUUGUGUUCUUGCGAUUGUGGAUAGCCAUCGUAAGUGUCAUAGACUAAUAGAAAUAUCAUAUGACCAGUUAGAAGAUAGUUUGUGUUGUGCGGAAUUAUUUUCCUUAAUUGGCUGGCAGAUAAUCUGUAGAUCUUUAUUGUCUAUAAUAUUGGUUUCUAUUGUUUAAAAGCAUAUGCUUGACUUUCGAUUUUUUUAAGUGAAUUAAAGCUAACUAACAUGAUAUGAACACCUA